AAAACAAACAUGGCGGACCGAGGAGGUGUUUUCCAUUCUUUUUAAUUUGAACUAAAAACUGGGCUUGUUAGCGAUAUAAUUUCUCUGGGAGUAUCUCUUGCUUUUUAUCCAAAAAUGGCAACAUUUGAAGAGUUUGAGGGAGAUUUUGAUGCUUAUGAAUAUGUGGAGCGUCUUGCAAGCACAGUGGUUGGUGGAGGGUCAAAGGGUGGAGCAGAGGCAUUUGAUCCUAAAACCUUGUCCGAUGUUUUUGAAAAAACUAUAAAGGAAUUGACAGCUUUGGAUGAAAAGAUGCAAGGAAGAAUAAACAAACUUGAGGAACUCUGUGCUAAAGAACAGGAAGAACACAAGCAGAAAGCCAAAGAACUGGAAAUAACUUUUAAGUCUGCCUCUGGCCUUUUUCAAGAACUAGAUGACAGGAUCAAUUAUGUUGCCACCAAGGUUGUUCAUUUGGGAGACCAGUUAGAGGGAAUCAACACUCCACGCUCACGAGCCCUUGAGGCUCAGGAACUCAUGAGGUACUUUGAUGAGUUUGCCACUGGAAAAUUGGUUUCAAGUGUUUUUACAAGCCAAUUUCAGAUUCAUGAAGCUGCAAAUAUCAUACAAAAGUUGUCCCUGAUUGCUCAAGAACUGCCUUCAGAUAGGUUUGGGAUUGUCAAAGACAAAAUAAAAGAGUGCCAUGAUAAAGUGGAAGAGGCUCUGANUGUAAUGUUAACUCCAUCUCUACAGGGCUACUCCCAGUGUAUUGAUUCUUUUAUCAAGCAAAGUCAAAAGGGGCAGUUCCGUGCUGCAGAUGUGUUUCAAGAUGUGAUGCCGCUUUGUGAACGUGUUCACAGCGUGGUGGACAAGGUGUUUGGUAAUAAUGCUGAGGUUGUAAUGGGCAAGAUGGUACAGAAUAUUCACGAGGAUGUUCUAAAGAAACAUGUUGAUUCAAAGCUACAGAGCUAUGGUUCAGACAAAGAACAAUCACUGAAGAACCUACAGACAUUAUAUGAAAGGGCAAAGAAGCUUGGAGAAAAACUGUCUGUUUACAAGCUUGGAUCAGAUUCUAAUUUUCUGGAAAGAUUGAGAAAAAACUUGUUCAGCAAAUAUUUGUCAUCAUAUAUCAAAACAGAGCUAGACUUCCUAUCAGAGAAAUCAAGUGCUAUCUUAGAGAAGUAUUACCGUUCUAUAAACCAUGAAAAAAGAGAUAGACCUACUGGAGCAGGGUCUUCACCCGUGUAUGCAGACUGUGUCCGGAAAAAGAAAGAGGUGAUGGGUAUGAUGGAAAGUAAACUGGACUCCGGUAUAGACCGGAUACUCACUUCAAUGACAGGCUGGAUAAAGAAUAUUAUGUCAACAGAGCAGAAGAAAUCCGACUUCAGACCCGAGGAACACGGAGUAGGACUCGUGGAACGGACAAUGGCGUGUGCCAAGACCUGUGAUUUCGUUUACUCUCAGUUGACAUCUAUCCAGGGCUCACUGGAUGGAAAGAACUUGGAAUCGGUUCUGACGGAGUUCGGCACGCGAUUUCACCGUCAGUUGUUUGAACAUCUACAACAGUUUCAGUACACGUCAAUAGGAGGAAUGGUGGCAAUCUGUGACAUCAGUGAGUACAGAAGUUGUAUUAAGGCGUUCAAGAUCCCGCUGCUAGUAAAAUUAUUCGACAAGUUGUACUCACUAACGAACUUAUUGGUCGUUCAACCUGAAAACCUCAAGCAAGUUUGUUCAGAGGAGCAGUUGGCAAUGCUGGACAAAGCUGUUCUUCAACAGUUUGUACAACUUCGAGUUGACUACAGAACUGCCAAACUUGCCAAACACUUCAUGUGAAACUAAAAUUGACUUCUUCACUGAUCCUGUUCAAAUCAGUGGACCUGCUCAUUAUUCAAUGACACAAGUGAACCAAGGCUCACUUCAUCCGGUAACAGGGGAGACUGAAACGUGGAAACGAAUCAUUUAGUUAUUUUUUUUAGGGGCUUCUAAUUCCUUCUCGCUGAAUCAUGAUGUCAUUAUGUGACGUCACAGGUUGAUAAAUUCCUUCCCAGUUUCUUUGUGCAGUCACCAAAGAGAGGACGUCUACGGACUAGGCUUUGAAUCAUUGUACUCUAAAAGGGAUCAACAUUUGAUUUCUCUUUACAAUUUCAAUACAAUGUCAAGAUGUAGGUAACGAGAAUAAACUAUUUUAUUACCAGAAGGAACUGGUUAAUAAGGCUA